GUGUGGUCGUCCAAAAUUAAAAAGAUGACGACUAGUACUUUAGCAAUGCUGGUGUUAGUAAUUACGUUCAGUGUGUCGAUGAAAGGAAGCAAUGGUCAUCCUUGUAGUAGCACUUUCUUUUCAGCAUUGAUUCAGCUGAUACCUUGUAGGCAAUCAGUCAUUCCAUUCAGUCCCAUUCCACCUAGCGAGGCGUGCUGCGCGUCCAUCAAGGCGUUAGGGCAGCCGUGUCUGUGUGUUCUUGUUAAUGGCCCUCCUAUUUCUGGUGUCGAUCGAAACAUGGCCUUGCAGCUUCCUGAUAAGUGCACUGCCAACUUUGAACCAUGUGAGUUUACAAAGUAGGAAUGCUAUAUUGAUUCUAGUAAUUGUGAUGAAGGAAGAAGUCUAGAAUAAAUAUGUGCAGAGGAGCUGGGCUUAGGACUGCUACUCUGAACAAGUAGAUUAUGAACAAUUGAAAUAUGUACUAAAUCAAAUUAAGUGUUUACUUAAUUGUUAUAGUUUAUUUAGCUUGUCUUAACAUCUUUGUAGUAAUAAUGUUCAAGUUCAACACUGAGUAAUACGUAAUGCAAAUUGCAAAAUGGUCACUUUGGAUCUUAGAGCAAGAUU